AUGUCACAGUUCUCUUUCCGAGGAUCGCCAAAUCUACAGUGUCCUGUGACAGUGAACUCGUCGUUGGCGCCGUCCUCGGCCUCGCCUGUCACCGGUGUAAUCCUCAGCGCGGGCGGCUCGUCCCUGGUCAGCAGCGUAGCCGCCAGUACGACGACGAAUCAUCCUCUGGACGUAGCCGGUCUGUCGCAAGCGAGGAUGGCCGUGACGAGCGCAAUUGUAAGACCGCCUGGCAGUCCCACUACCUCGGUUAGCCCGUCCCAGGGUCAUCCGCCACCAUCGGCCGGGGGUCCUACUGCCAGGUGUUGCGAUACCGGUCGGCCAAUCUUCACGGAUCCACUGACAGGCCAGACCGUCUGCUCCUGCCAGUACGAACUGCUGGGUGGCUAUCAGCGUCUAGGUGGCCUACCCACGGCCGCGCUCUCUAUGUACAGCGCGCCAUACGCGGCCGCCGCCGCGGCGGCGGCGUCUGAGGGUAUGGCUGCGUACUUUCCUAGCUUGGGCGCCGAGCAAGCACCCUUCUACACGCCCACGGCCGCCGGUCUAGAUCUUAAAGAAAAUCUGGGCGCUGGAGCCGCAGCAGCGUGGCCUUAUCCCUCGAUGUAUCACCCUUACGAUGCUGCUUUUGCGAAUUACCCCUUCAAUGGUUAUGGCAUGGAUCUAAAUGGCGCGAGGCGAAAAAACGCAACACGGGAAACAACGAGCACGCUGAAAGCGUGGUUAAACGAACACAAGAAGAAUCCAUAUCCCACGAAAGGCGAAAAGAUCAUGCUGGCUAUUAUUACCAAGAUGACACUAACACAAGUGUCGACGUGGUUUGCGAACGCGCGGAGACGCUUGAAAAAAGAAAAUAAAAUGACAUGGGAACCAAGAAAUCGUGUUGAAGACGAAGAUAACAAUAACGAAGAUGAUGAUAGCGGAAGGAAAAGCGUCGAUGAGAAAGAUCGGCUAGAUUCGAAAGACUCAGGUACAGGUUCUAGCGAGGACGGGGAACGACCGGCGCACCGUUUGGACCUAUUGCAUGGCGGCAGUGGUGGAUCGGCGGGCGUCCAAGGUAGAACCGAGAGCGAGUGGAGCGAAUCGCGAGCGGACAGUGGCCCGGAUAGUCCGGAAUGUCUGUAUGAUCAGAGGGAACCUAGGCAUCCGCUGCAACUGCAGCAUCCGGCGUAUCUCACUCAAAAUCACGGUCGAUUGUUGCGUCAUCCCUCGCCGGAGAGCACGUCGCCAGGUAGUCAACAUCAUCUUCCGCCGAGUACCAGCGCGCCGUCUACGGGUAGCGUAGUGACGACGAAGCCGCGGAUCUGGUCACUGGCGGACAUGGCAAGCAAGGACGGCGAUCAGCAGAAUACGAAUCCAGCCACGAUGACAGGUCUCACGUCACCUUACAGCGGAACGGGCGGAGGCGGAGGAAGCAUUGGCGGUGGCGGCGGCGGUGGAGGUGGUGGUGGCACUACAGGGGGCAAACUCGUAAGCCCUUUGGCUAGUCGACUGCCGCCUCAUCAUCCCCUCCACCCGAUACAUCCGGGCACGCAAUUUGUAAGACCGCAUCCGGACUUCUACAGGAAUUUGUACGGUGCGUCCCAUCUCGGCUCAGGUGACAUAUCUCUGCUGGAGACGUAUUCGAGGACUCUUGGUGGACUUGGCGGCGUAAUACCACCAUCCACGGCUCCGAGCAUACUUACGUCCUCGUCCUCGUCGAUCUCCGCUGCCAGUAACGUGAAAUCUUUUACGAUCAACGGUGGUAGCGGAGCGGCAGGAGGUACCACCGCCGGAUCGGCAGUUUUAUUGACUACCGCGUCUUCCGGUUUGUCACCGUCGUCGUCGUCGACGGCGUCAUCAGGUGGGUCCGAUCAAUCGCCCCAUCCGGCGGGCGGCGGUCUGCCUGCGACUCAGGAACUCAAAUCUCCCGGACGGGUGUGACUCGACGAAGCGACCGAUCGCUAAAGAGACGUUUAUCGCGGGCGCGCGCUGUGCAUCGGCGGGCGUUUUGUGUGGUGUGGCUGACAAUAAUCAGAGACUACAAUCUUGUAAUUAGUGUACAGUAUAAAACGGAAGAUGAUGAGAUAUACUGCCCCAACCCGCUUCCUCGUUUCCUAGUCUUUUCAUUUUUUUUUCUCUUUUUCAAUGUCAUCGUCGAUGUUUCUUUUAUCUCUCAUUGCCUUCCCUUCUCUCCUUCAACUUUUUAUUCAAGUUUUAUUUUCCGUACUCAAUUAUUCUCGAUAAAAAGGGAAAAACUCGUAGUACCGACUACCCAUAGCUCUAUCGCGGUAUAACCGUACAACAUCUAGCGCGUCAACUCGACAGUACUAUUACA